AUGAAAUUCUACAUCCUCUUCGUGGUCGGCAAUUUCACUAAUUCCAUCUUCUUCUGGGCCAUGCUCCCAGAGACGAAACAAUUGCCCCUGGAGGAGAUGAAUAAACUCUUCACUGAGAGUCCUUGGUUUAUCGGCAACUCCACCAAAAGUGAGCAUCUAGUCACUGAGACUAGUAUCCUGGCCCAGCGAAUCGAAAACAAUGGGCUGGAAGACCAGUCUGACAUGACUGAGCACAAAGAGCUCACCGCUUGA